AUGCUCAAGGCCACCAACAACUGGUCGGAGGACAAUGUGUUGGGCAAGGGUGGCUUUGGCAUUGUGUACAAAGGCUGCUCGCAGCAAGGGCAGCUGUGGGCCAUCAAGCGCUCCACCAUCAUGACCAACGACUUUGAGACGGAGGUGCGAGCCAUGGCGUCUCUCCACCACGUGCAUCUGGUGUGCCUGCUGGGCUUCUGCCUGGACCAGAAUGUGGAGACGGGCAGGCACGAACAGAUCCUCGUGUACGAGUUCAUAGGCAACAGGGACCUCCAGUACCCCAUCCAUGCCUCCAAGCGUCCGCUCUCUAUGCGCCAGAGGCUGCGCAUAGUACUGGGAACAGCAGAGGGCCUGGCGUACCUGCAUGGGUUCGACACAACCAUCGUUCACCGCGACAUCAAGCCGGCCAACAUCCUCGUGACUGCUGACAUGCACGCCAAGGUGGCUGACUUUGGGCUGCUCAAGCGCCUCUCUCACGGCGAUGCUGAUGCCACACGAGUGAUCGGCACUCCGGGCUACGCAAUGAAGCUGGUGAAGGCAUAUGAGGUGGAGGAGUUGAGGGAUGGCAAGAUGCCGCUAGUAAGUGAUGAGGCCAUAGUGGAUUUUCUAGACCUGGCUUUGGACUGCAUCAAGUCUCCCGGCACAAGGCAACCCACCAUGAAGGAUGUGGCAUACUGCCUCAGUACCCUUAUUGACAAACACUGUCCCGACAAGGAGGAUGAGUGGGAGAGUGUCGCGAAAGAAGAGAGUGCAAGCAACAAAGAACUGAAUGUUUUCUGGAGAUGGUGGGAGGGAGUCUGA